AUGAGUGGCAGAGGUCGAGGAAUCAACAAUGCCCCUGCUUGGAUGACACGGUCAGAAUUUGGUGGCAAUAAGCCACCUCCUAGAGAACCAGACCCAUUUGGUCGAGCACCACGCGGCGAAGGUGGUGGUUGGGAAGGUCCUCCUCGCGAUUUUCGCCGAGGGCCUCCUCCACCACCCCAUCACCGUGGUCGAGGACCCCGACGGUACGAUGAUCGACUCGAUGAUCGUUAUGAUGAUCGUGGUGGUCCACCACGUGGUGGAUUUCGAGGCCCUCCACCACCCCACAACCGAGGCGGACCACGGGGACCACCACCAUCCAGAGGACCACCUGGUCCUCCACCACCACAACGAAACAAAGGAGGCACCAACAAUGGCAGAAUUACCUUUCGUUCCUUUGAAGAGGAGCAAGAAUGGGUGGAAGAACGUCGUCGCAAACGCUUGGCCAGGAAAUCAAAAUUCGAUGAGCCACCUACCGCGGAACAAUUGGCUGCCGAUGCGGCGGCCAUUGCCUUUUCCAAUCCGGCGGCUACAGACUUUGCGGGCAUUCCAGCGGGACGCAACUUUGAUGCCGUUCCACAGCAAACUAGACAUGCUCGUCGAUUGUACAUUGGAAACCUACCAGCGCAAGUGACAGAACAAGAUUUGCAAGAUUUCUUUCGCAAUGCCAUUCACCAAGCAUUGGUCCACAAGGUCGAUAACAACGAGGAUCCCAUCUUGUCUGUAUACAUCAACCACGAACGCCGAUUCUGCUUUUUGGAAUUCAAGACCGUAGAAAUGGCAACCGCCUGUUUGGCCUUGGAUGGUAUUGAUAUCCAUGGGAGAGGCAAGGUCAAGGUCAAGCGGCCCAAUGAUUACAAUCCAACCAUGGCACCCAAGGUGCAUCCAUCGGCUAUUCCAGUCUUGGACGUCAGUCGAUUGGGGAUUGUCAGCGGAACUGUACAGGAUGGACCAAACAAGAUCUUUAUUGGAGGACUCCACUAUCACUUGAUGGAAGAACAAGUCUUGGAACUUUUGCAAGCCUUUGGAAAAGUCAAAGCCUUUCACCUGGUCAAGAAUGAACCAGAUUCUCUUACCAGUAAGGGGUAUUGCUUUGUCGAGUACGCAGAUCCUGCUGUGACGCAAGUGGCAGUCAUUGGAUUGAACGGAAUGGACCUUGGGGGGGGAAAGGUCUUGACCGCAAGAGUGGCAGGGGAACGAGAUGGUAUGCCCAUGCCUACCGGUAGUAUUGCCAUGCCCGCAGCAGUCCAAGCAGCGCCGGCGACCAAUGCACCACCACCGGGUGCCAUCAUUAUUCAGGGAUAUGACGUUGAAGCUCUCGUGGACGCAGCCAUGGGACAACGACCUAUGCCAACAGCUCCCAUGUACUUGGAUCAAUUUGGCAUGCCAUUGACUCGGGCACAGCCCGUUGGCAUGAUGGCACCAGCAGUUGUGGCCGCCGCUGCACCAGCAUUUCCAGCAGGUGCUUCGGCUUUGGACAUUGCCAAUGCUGCGUUGAGCGCGGCCUUUGGAUCGAGUGAUGGUCCUGCCGCUGCGGCUGCCAAGGCACCAACUCGAAUUUUAGUGUUGUUGAAUAUGGUGACUGACGAAGAUUUGGCGACUGAUGACGAAUAUCAAGGCUUGAUGCAGGAAGUGCGAGAAGAGUGUGCGAAGUUUGGACGUCUGUUAGGUAUCAAGAUUCCGCGAAAGGCAACCUCGAGUAUUCAAGCGUCCGCCAUCAAGAAGAUCUUUUUGGAGUAUGCGACUGUGCAAGAUGCCAACAAUGCCGAGCGGGAAUUGGCUGGUCGGCAGUUUGGACCUAAUGUGGUGCAAGCGAGCUACUUUGAUGAGAAGGAUUACCAGUCGGAAACGCUGCGAUAG